ACGUGCUGAACCUGCCAACAAUGAAAGCAUGUGAGCAGCACUUACAGGGACAAUCCUUAGUGCACAGUGAACAAGCCUGCUGUGGAAUGUGUAUGUGGGAGUGUGGAAGGGAGAGUUUUCCAUUUUCCCUCCAGCAGUAGGAAACAUCCCAAUAAGGACGGCAGGGCGGGUUCUUGCUGCUGACGCUGUGUGGGCGGGGCCUGCUGCCUGAUUAAAUGGAGCAGUGAUGAUGAAGGCGAGCAGAGCUCCGACUGUGAGACAAACUGAAGGAUGGCGAUGCUGCUGCAGCCUCUGUGGACCUUCGUGCUGGGACACGCCCCCCUCCUGCGCUCGCCCUUCUUCCCCGUGCUCUUCUCGCUCUGCGUCUACCUGUCCUUCUGCCUGCCCUUCCUGCUGCUGGACGCGCUGUCCACCAGGUGGGCGUGGGUGCUCAGGUACAAGCUGCAGCCUCAGAGCUCCGUCAGCUGGCCGUCGGUGCAGCGCUGCCUGGCUCUGACGCUCUACAACCACCUGGUCUUCAUCUUCCCGCUCACCGUGCUGCACUGGUACCUGAGGCCGGUGCACCUGCCCGAGGAGGCCCCGCCCCUUCCGCGCCUGCUGGCUCAGGUGCUCGUGUGCCUGCUGCUCUUUGACUUCCAGAGCUUCGCCUGGCACCUGCUGCACCACCGAGUGCCCUGGCUCUACCGCACCUUCCACAAGGUGCACCACACCUACACCUCCACCUCCGCCCUCACCGCCGAGUACUCGGGCGCCUGGGAGACCCUCAGCCUGGGCCUGUUCGCUGCCGCCAACCCCCUCCUGCUGGGCUGCCACCCGCUCACCGAGCUCGCCUUCUUCGUGGUCAACAUCUGGCUGUCGGUGGAGGAUCACUGCGGCUACGACCUGCCGUGGGCCACGCACCGCCUGGUGCCGCUGGGGCUGUACGGCGGGGCGCGCCACCACGACCUUCACCACCUCAAGUCCAAGUGCAACUUUGCACCGUACUUCACCCACUGGGACCGCCUGGCCGGGACGCUGCAGACGCAGGACUGAGCCGCCGUGAUGGCGAGGAGCUGAUGUAGAGACGUUUUCUAUUUAUUUAUUUAUUCCUGUUUUUAUUUAUUAUGCCACUUCUGAGCCCACCAAUCACAGCGGGCUCUCCUCGACUCGCUGCUCCUCUCUGACGUAGAGACGGAGCAGACGGAGCCACGAGAGCGCCGUGAGCCGUCGACGGCGUGAGAACGUUAACUGAUACUGGACAGAUGUGCCGAUGAGGCAGCUGGCUGCGAGCGCGAGACAAACGAAAGUGAAACGAGGGACAGAGGAAGAGAUAAGCUGGCGAGGAAGACGAGGAGUCGCGCCACCGCUGAAGGAGAAGCGCGGCGUCAGAGGGAAACUGGAAAGUUUGAUUCUGAACUGGGAAGUGAAAGUUUGAGCACUGAAGACAAAAUGAAGCUAAAAUAAAGUUUA